AUGUUGCGAACCCCGACCGUUUCUCUGGCCCGCACCGGCCUGCGCGCCGCCCAGCAGACCUCCGUCAUCCGCCGCGCCGCCACCACCCACGCCAUCUCCAACCCGACGCUCGCCAACAUCGAGAAGAGAUGGGAGGGCAUGCCCCUCCAGGAGCAGGCCGAGCUCUGGAUGGCGCUGAGGGACCGCAUGAAGGGCCCCUGGUCGGAGCUGACUCUUCAGGAGAAGAAGGCUGCCUACUGGAUCGCCUUCGGUCCCCACGGUCCCCGCGCCGGCACCCCCGCCGGUGAGGGCACCCGCGUCUUCUGGGGUGUCGCCGCUUCCGUCGCUGCCAGCUUGGCCAUCUUCGCCUCCAUCCGCGCCUUCGCCGGCGCUCCCCCCGACACCAUGACCAAGGAGUACCAGGAGGCUUCUAACGAGUACCUUAAGAACCAAAAUUCCGACCCCAUCACCGGUAUCUCCUCCGAGGGCUACUCCGGCAAGGGCAUGGUCCAGUCUCCUCCCAAGACCAAUUAA